AUGUCGGCAGCGGCUGCCGCACACGCCUCGCAUUUUCUCGUCCAGAAUCUCUCCUCCGUCGACACGAUCUCUCGGUCGACUUCCCCUGGCGUGCCCGUCUUGACCCCAGACGAGGACGACAAGAAGCGGUACCGCCCGAGGACCUUUGCCUACUUCUCGCAGCUGCCUUUUGCGGUCGAGGAUGAGCAUGAGCGUGAUGCCGCCCUGGCUGGCAUUCUCAAGAACCUAUACAUUGCCAUCAAGGCUGAGGACUUCUCUCCUGGGGCUCUGCACUGGACCAGAGAGCUGCAGGGAUGGCUGAACCUCAAGUUCGAGAUGGUUCGUGAGCUGCGCGCCAGCCUUGCCAAGCUCUACUACCACCUCGCGCUGGCACCAGGUCUCGACACCACCGCUGCGGACCGCUUUGCGAGAAUGGCCAUCACCCUGACCAAGAAAAAGACCUACGUAAAACCCGGCGACGAUCUAUAUCUGGACUGGCGACCGCUGUGGAAGGAGAUCAAGGGCCUGGUUCUACCUCACGAAGUGCCUGCACACCAGGCGAACAGGAGGGGCAGAAGUGGGAGACACUUGCUGAAGCUCGCCAUGCAUGCGCAGACCUACUUCGAUCCCAGCGAUCGGAAGGAGAUGUUGGAGGAGUUCUUGCCAUUCUUCAGCACGUCUGAUCUCACAUGCGCCUACACGGUGGUUGCGGCCAUCAACGUCAUGGUUCCUACCGCCCCCUCUCUGCCUCACGAGCCGCUCUCCCAACCUACAGAUUAUCUUCCCACCUACUUCCACCUCUGGUCGCUCAUGUCGCGCUCCAAAGCCUUUGACAUCUUCUUCCUCGAUAUCUUUUCGAGGAUUGCCAGAGACUACCUAAGUUGCACACACGUGCCCUUCUCUGAGCACGGCAUCUUCAGUCGAGACCAGUCCGAUCUGAUCUUCACUGCUAUACUACGUCUCACGGAGAUCCCGGUCGGUCAGGCCAAUUCUCCCUAUACGACUCUGGAUUAUUCCAUGGGCACUGCCGCCUGGCUCGAGAGGGACAAGAAGAAACACCCUGUGCCUCACAUCAUCGCCAGAUGGAUCGUGCACUCGCUUUCUCCCCAGAGUCUCAAGGAGGACAAUUCCGUCAUGGCCAAUCUGGAAGGGUUGAUCGAGUCAAUUGACACCUUCUUCCAUCCGUCAAACCAGGGCUCGUGGACAAACUUCCUAGCCCAGUUCGUCUUCUUCCUUACCCAUGGAUUCGUGUCCAGGUGGAACCGUGAGCAGACUGGUGAGCUCGACACCCCGGCCGACCGGAGGAUUAACGACGAGCUCAAGAAGAGGUUCGUCCUGACUCUGAAGGAGGUUGUUUUCAUGGGGCUUUUCGCCAAGAGCAUGAAGGUUGUCAGCUACUACACAAGUACGCUCCAGUGGCUAGCGUAUCUGGAGCCUGAUAUCAUAUUGCCCGGUGCAUUGCAAAGGUUCUACCCAAGUCUGCAAGGCUUGGUUGAGGUACACCGCACAUCCUCUAGCCUGAGCGGUCUGAUGAUGUUAGCAAAUGUCAUAUCAAAGCAGAAGGGUUUCCGAUGUCAUCUCACAGCCCUCCUGGCCCUAGCCCUGCCUGGCAUCGACGCCAACGAUUUGGGCAAGACGCAAUACACCCUGAGCUUCAUCCAGAGCGUUGCUUAUAGCAUUCCCUUUGUGCCACUGAAAAAAGAGGGCUCAGAUAAUGUCGAUACCUCGUUGGCGGUCCAGUGGGUCCAAGGCCAGAUGGAACGCAUGGAAAUUGAGGGCCAAGAUGUGCAGUUCAACUACAAGGAAGAGCUCUCCGAUGAAGAUGAGGCAGAGAUUGUGCGAUCCUCAACGGCUGGAUUUGGUGAAUUCGUCAUCACCCUGCUAGGCAAGGUGUUCACCCUCCUCGAAAACCUGCCAGACGCAUCGCAGGUUCGAGCCAACUCCCCUGAGGACAACGUUAUCAACAGCUUGCCAGCGGCGCUAACGCCCUUGUUUGCUUCGUUAUCCCCGGACUUGUUCGACAUGGCUCUCGAGAAGGUAGCUGCAUUUGUCUCAUCACAUGUUGUGCAUCAGGCUCGGGAUGCCAUGGCCUGGAUCUGCAACGCACUCUGCAAGGUCAAUCCUGAGAAGACACUGAAGAGAUUCAUCCCAACUUUAAUUGUCAAUAUUCGCAACGAGAUCGACUACAACGGCGCCGCGUCAGAUCGAAGCAGCGGCACCGAUGUGCUGCCGCGCGACCGUGCCCUUGUAUGGCACGUGAGCAUGCUCAGCAUGACCGUUGUCAAUGUAGGCGCGGAGGUGCUCAAGUACAAGUCUGAGCUGUUCAGCAUCGCCCAGUACAUGCAAGAGAAGUGUCGUGGAAUACCGACCAUACACAUCUCGAACUUCAUCCACCACCUCCUCCUGAAUCUUACCCAUACCUAUUCUAUCGAUACUAGUCUUUACGAACCCGACGUGAUAAAGGAAGGGAUUAGCGCUGAUGUUUGGGGAAUGACAACGUCGCCCACGGACCUGACCAUCCGGUGGCACCGGCCAUCAGCCGAAGAGAUACAAUUUGCCGUUGAACUUUUCGAAUCCCAGGCUGGAGCAGCGUCUAAGAGGCUGGAGCUGCUCAUGAGCAGCGAAACCCCGGUCAGCCGUAAGGGCAAGAACAAGGAGUGGGGCGACGAGGUCUCGAGACAGCUCACGCAGUUGAGACUCGUCAUCUCUGGAGCCUCUGCUCUGUUCGACCCGAAGAAGGCUGCUGGCGAAGCAAACGGUGGCUCAAAAGACGAUGGCCGCAUUGAAGCUGAUGGUGACACUCUCAUGGAUGAUGAUGAGGAUCCCUUGGCCGAGGUUGCUGACGACGAGGAGUUGAAGCGGCAGUAUCGGUAUCCGUCUGGUUACAUUCUUGACGCAGAAAGCCCGCUUUAUGCUCGCCUUCACGAGACCAGGGACAGUGUGGGACGCCUGCUUUCCAAGACCCACAAUUUCCUGAACGCCAACCAGGAGGAUGAUGUGACGUGCUUCACGGCCCUGUAUGCCACAUAUAGGACUUGGAUCACAGAUGUCGGCAUCGAGCGGUCUGCGCAUCCCUUGGAACGGCUGUCGAGACUGUAUAAGGCAGAUGUCACACCAUUCAAAAUCCCGGGUCUGCGCAAGGUGUACCCUCGCCCGCUCCUCGUCAAGCGAGCAGAUGCGUACCAGCUACAACGCGUCAAGUACAACUCCUCUUACAGGCAGAAGAGCGAGCUUGAUAAGAGGCUACUUCUUGAUCUUGCUGAGUCGUGCGUCUCUUCGUAUGCAGAUGUCCGAAGGGUUGCCCAAGGUGCCCAGGACUCAUCACUGAAAGUUCUAAUCGGAGGUCGACCCCUGGUCAUUCCCGUCAUCCUAGACAAGUAUCGCAAGGCAUUGGACGAGAACGACCCCGACCGCAUUAAGGGAGCUUUGUACACAUUGUUGUACACUACCUUGACAAAGGCCCUCUUGAAGGACUGGCGGUUCGCCCCCGACAUGAUGCGCUUGUACAUCAAGACUGCCAGCGUCGAUAAGACAUCCAUACAACAGCUCCUCACCACAUCACUCUAUCCACUCCUCGAUUUCGGAAAGCCCUUCGAACGCAUGGUCAUCCUGGAUGAGAACAUUGUGAGCACGAUCAAACCAUCCGAGGACUGUUCGAAGGUGAUCCGAACCAGGAACGACUUUAUUCGCGAGCGCAGGAAAAAGGUGGAGACGAAGAAGCACAGUCUCGGACUGGAGCUCAUCGACACGGCCAAGUCAGCGCACUGGAAAGUUGCUCUGAAAUGCGCCGUCUUUGCAACAAACAUGUGUCUCCGCUUCGAUACACUAGCUCCCCCGACAUUCAUUGACUUAGUCGUCAACGGCACAAACGACGACCAUCCUGGCCUGAGGGCCAAUUACCAGCUAGCGUUUUCUGGCAUAUUCUCGAGGAUUGAUGUGAGAGCCAUUUACGGUCACGAGUACCGAAAGUAUCUUCUUGAGGAGGACAACGACGGGGUGUACUUGGAUAUUGAGGUGCCGUCGGAUGAUCCUCAAUGGACAGACAAGUACCUCGACUCGUUUGCGAAUCUUGAGGAGGCGGAGUACUUUGUGGACGCUGAUCACCCAGGGUGGCUGGUCUGGGGCAAGAAGCUCGGGGCCUCCAAGUCUGAUCCAGAGCCCUUCCUGGCGUACGAUGAGACGGAGAAGGCGGCCCGGGAGCAGAUCGGCAAGCUCCUGACCAAGGAGUGGUUUGCCAAAUGUUUUGACUUCCUCAAGCAAGAGCCACGAGAUGCCAAUGCAGACAAGUUUCGCAUGCAGAAUGUCGUUCUUCUGAUGCACGUCUUUGACCUGGUCACUUAUGGAGUGGCCGCGACCACCUUCGACGAGAUUACAGACAUGAUCAAAGAUGUCUACGGGGAUGGAAGCGACAAGCAUCAACAUCGGGCCACCGCCGAGAUCCUGGGGGCGCUGCUGUCGGGCGGUAUUGACGACCCCAAGGAAUACAGGGACAAGAUCUGGGCGUUUGCAGCGCCUAUGAUGCUCAACAUCUUUGCCGAAUCCCUGACACCAGACAACCUGCACUAUUGGAUAACGUGCCUGCACCUCACAGCAGAUGCCAAGGAUCCGCGACGCUGUCGCCAGAUCGUAGAGAACUUGAGCUCAUUCCGGCUGGACAUGUCAUCAAACGCUGCCUUCAAGGAAGCGUCGAAGGUGCAGCUGCUCGAGCUACUCAUCAGUGACGGUGGCUGGCACUUCCGAAAGGAGAAGCCAAUUCUCGAAGACUUCCUGGCACAUAUCGAUCAUCCUUAUAAAUCCGUGCGAGAAGCCAUGGGUAGGGUGAUCGGUACAAUCUACCGCACACGCUACCACGAGUCUUACCCCAAUGUUGCAGCCCUUCUGAGCAGCAACAAAGCCCAGUCCUCUAUAGGCAUUCGUCCAUAUCAGCCAUCCGACGAGUUCACUACGACGAUCAAGGACGUCUUCUCGCGUCUCGAGAAGUGGAGACACGAGCGCACACCUGGGCAACAAGAGCCUUGCAGCUACACCAACGGGUCAAAGACGGUUCUGACCUGGCUUGACUCGAUGUUGAGUUCUCAGGAGUGCACACAGCUCGUGCCCUUCUUCCCUGAUCCAUUCAUAGACCAACUUCUCCACAUGAUGGAUGUCAAGGAAGACCCGGAGCUCAUGCGUCUCGCCUAUCACGUGUACCGUCACCUGGCAAAUAUCCCAUUCCGGGAAGGUGAGGAUGCGGCUUUCAUCAAGGCUCUCAUCCGCAUCGGCAGGUCGGCCGCAUCUUGGCAUCAGCGUCUCCGCGCCCUGGUCAACAUGCAAGUGAUCUACUUCAGACGCCUAUUCCUUACCACCCCUGCCCACCGAGAGAUACUUUUCGGUGCGGUGGGCGACAUGCUCGCAGAUCCCCAGCUUGAAGUCCGCGACUGUGCAUCAGCCACACUGGCAGGCAUGAUUCGCUGCUCGCCCGCGACAAUCCGCAACCCAAUCAUCCAGAACCUCAUCGCGCGCUUCAAGCAACAGCUCCGCAACAACCCAAUGCCGAAACGCAAGCACGCAGGCGGUACAGACACACCUGUCGACACACAAAAGCAGAUCGUACGCCGGCACGCGGCGGUGUUGGGACUCGGCGCGCUUGUCGAGGCGUUUCCAUACGCGACGCCGCCGCCACCAUGGAUGCCAGAUGUCCUCGCGCAUCUUGCGAGAAGGCCGGCAACGGAUCCUGGUGUGGUUGGCAAGGCAGCAAAGAGCGUGCUGGCCGAGUUCAAGAAAACGAGACAGGACAGCUGGACGGUGGAUCAAAAGUAUUUCACAGCUGAACAGCUCGAGGAUCUGGAGGGUGUUCUCUGGAAGAGCUACUUCGCGUGA